UCACUCGGUGGUUCAAGAUGUAUCCAUUCGCUGAUCGACUGGUAUCCGGUUUAGGACUUUUGGCCUCUGGAUCUUUCAUAUGCAUCUUCUUUUUCAGUGUAGAAAUCAGCUUUACCCUUGCCUAUGGGUUCAUCUUUGUAGGUGGCGUUCUACUGAAUAUAAACCAGGCUGUAGCUACUGACAUGAUACUGUCGGUAGUAAUGCCAAAUUCCCGAGGCACAGCAAUAGCCUUGCAGUCUUUUAUAGCACAGUUAGGAGGAGGGGUAUUUGCUCCAUUUAUCAUUGAGAAGGUAAGUGCAUUUGAUUCCCCUUAAGAUUUUAAACUCUAGCAAACCCAACCUUUUAGCUUUAUAUCUGAGCCACUGUAAAUGGUUUGUUAUCAUAGUGUCUCUCUGCUGUGCAGUCCUGUGUAAUAUGUCACCACUUUAUAAACAUGCAACAAUUAACUUCUAUGUCUUUUAUCAGAUUUCUGAGGUGAUCCAGAUGUGGCAACCAGAAACCAGCCCAAUGCACUGCUUGCAACAUGCCUUGAUAAUAUUGCCAGUUCUGGCAGUGAUUGGAGGAUGCUUCUUCCUCUGUACAAUCUUUUAUGAAGAGGAUCGGAAAGUAGUUGAACAGGCCCGCACCCCAAGCCCACCACCUGAAUUGAACCUACAGGACAUACUGGUGUACGACUCUGAAGAUCCUGGAUAUGCUGCUCAGCCUUCUCUAGAAUUGGCUCCUGAGUCUCCAGAUCCUGCUGCAGAACUAGCUGCUCAGCCCCCAGAUCUUGAUACAUGCAGGUUCUGCUGCUUUCCCUUUGUAGGACUGGCUCCUAAGCUUUCAGAUCCUUCUCCAGAGAUACCUGCUCAGCCUCCAGAUCCUUCUCUAGGACUGGCUCCCGAGCCUCCAGAUCCUGCUCCAGAACUACCUGCUCAGCCUCCAGAUCCUUCUGUAGGACUGGCUCCCGAGCCUCCAGAUCCUGCUACAGAACUACCUGCUGAGCCUCCAGAUCCUGAUACAUGCAGGUCCUGCUGCUUUCGCUUUCCCUUUCCCAGGACUGGCUCCUGAGCUUCCAAAGCCUGCUCAUCCUCCAGAUCCUUCUCUAGGACUGGCUCCCAAGCUUCCAGAUCCUGCUCCAGAACUACCUUCAUUAAUGAAGCCAUGUUUGCCAUUGUUAAUGAUUUCCUGAACCGAACCAGGGCUGUGACAAGCAGUUUAUUUCCCUGUCUGUUGUCAGAUUGUUACUACAGCGACUUGUAAGUCUCCAGAACUUGUACAUAUUUAGGGCCAGAUUUAUCAAGGGUCGAAUUUAAAAUUUAUGGGAAUGGGAAACACAUGAGGGAAACGAGGUGGGUGGAGAACAGGGAGGAGAAAACUAUAGACUGGGAGAACACCUGAACAUAUAGCAUAGGAACCAGGACUGUAACUGGAGUUAACCCCACACUAGGAAGUGGGCAUGGUGGAAGCCCAGGGGGAUACCCAUACACAAUUGGAGAUGACAUAGUGAUAUUGCAGAUUUAAUGGCAACAGAAGAUAAUAACAGGAACAGGCAUAAAUCAAAAACAAGCUCAAACCAAGGUCGUUACCAUUAAAUCCAGGAGGGCAAGGAAUGCUGGAAUAAAGGCAUAAAUCAAAAACAAGCUCAAACCAAGGUCGUUACCAUUAAAUCCAGGAGGGCAAGGAAUGCUGGCAUAAGAAUGCUGGAACAAGAACACUGGAACAAGGAAUUCAGGAAUACAGGAACAAGGAAUGCAGGUCAUACAGGAACACACACAAUGACUUGGCCCUGGGCAACGCUCAGGUCUGGGUUUAUAAAGGAUUGGUGAUGAGGAAUGAGAAACACAUGAGGGAAACAAGGUGGGUGGAGAACAGGGAAGAGAAAACUAUAGACAGGGAGAAUACCUGAACAUAUAGCAUAGGAACCAGGGCCAGCCCUAAGAGCCUCCAGUGGCUCAUGGAGUAAGUGCAGCACACAGGGUUCAAGUCCCGGGCUGGUCCUUACAUUACCCCCCCUUGAGGAUCGACCACCGGGCAAUCCCAAAGUCGAAUGCCCCCCCAUACUUUUUAGUCCAAUAAGUGGAACACUACUAGGACCCGGAAUGGGGGCAUCAAAAGGAACAGAAACCACUUCGCAAGAGUCAUGAACCACCUCUCCAGGAUCAGGGACCAGAGCAGAAACAUCACAGGCACCCAUUACAGGUGGCGGACCAGGAACCAGGAGGCGCCCAUU